AACACACCCAAACCUCCCAUUGCCGCCGCGUGCGCGGGCUACGCGCGAUCACCGCCGAAGAAGCUGCUCUCCCGCCGCCUCGUCGCUGUAGAACGCCGUUCUCGACCCCUUCCUCGCUACCGCUCCCUCCCCUUCUCCCAGGUGGUCCCCAGCGCUGCAGCGCAGGUGCUUUCCCAUCGCCACUGGGGCUCCUCCUCCGAGCGUGCUUGCUCUCUUCAUUGGUCCUGGUGAAGGAGUGACGGCGGCAUCGCGCGCGCUCGGUUGGUAGACGAUGCCAGCGCGGCGGAGGCGGUGGAGAGCAAGCGGGAGUUGUGGCCGGCGUCUCCAGGGGCGGCGAGCCGUACUACGACGUCCAGGAGAUCAGGGUGUUGUUUUAAGAGGAAAUCCUAAUUAGGAAGAAAGGUAUAAGUAACUGCAAGAAGAAAGGAGUCACCCGAGUCUCCUAAGAAAACCAGAAGACCCAUCUGGGAAGAGAAGGCAAGAAUGAAGUACAGAAGAAGCAAAGCUCUAAUUCCCCCUCAGCCAAUUUUCCUACUCCCCUCUCCAUUUGCAGUAAUGCAUUGCUUGUGCACUACUUAUAGAGGAUUCGUACACCAUUUGGCUCCAAAGUUACAGAGCUGAGGCUAAAAACUUUGAGAAGCUAUGGCUGCCCCACAAGUUAACAAGAGAUUACUUGAUGAACUUGAAGUUAUGGGAUUCCCCACUGUUCGUUCAAUUAGGGCACUCCAUUACUCUGGUAAUUCCAAUCUUGAAUCUGCAGUAAACUGGCUUCUGGAACAUGAAAGUGACCCAGACAUUGAUCAGCUACCAUUGAUCACAAGAGAAAUCAGUAUUGACUGUGGUGAUACAUCAAAUGAAGUAAGGAAUGAUGUUCAAGGAAUGAGGGCUCCUGUGCAGGAGCGGAAACCAGAAGAACGAACUGAAAGUGGAAGUCAGAAGGUAAAACCUGUUGAACGUGUCGUCGUAACAUCAGAACAAUUGAGAGACUGUCUACGAACUCUGAAGAAGAAUCACAAGGAUGACAGCGUUAGAGUCACAAGAGCGUUCCAAAUAUUGCUGAAGAUAAUUGCAAACAUAGUGAAGAACCCAGCAGAGGAAAAGUUCAGGAGGAUUCGGCUAAGCAAUCCUGUUUUCAAGGACAGGGUGGGUAACCUGAAGGGAGGUGUCGAAUUUCUGGAGCUCUGCGGGUUCCAGAGGCUCAGAGCCAGCGGCUACCUGGUCAUGCCAAGGGACAAGGUCGAGAUGGCGCUCCUCAGCGCGGCAGGAGUCGAGAUCGCGUCGGCCAUGGAGAACCCCUACUUUGGGUUGCUGUCCAAGUGAAGGGAACGGAACAGCCAUAACGAAAUGGGUGUACUACAUGAUUACGCGCAAAAUACUCGUUCAGAGGAGGUGAAUAAUUAUGAAACCUAAAUUCAAAAUUUAAAUCAUUGUAACAAAAUACUCAAUUUAAUCUUGAAAUUAGUUUGGAAAAGACUACUAUCAUAUCAAUAAAAACAAUGUAUAAAAAAUCGGACCGUCCAAUUGCUUUCUGUAAAAACUAAACAAUCAUACGAAACAAUUCUAAUAGAAUCAAAGUCAAUCGAAUUUCUAGAUCUAGAGUUAUGAAUUUUGUAAGCAGACUAUAACAGAUGGUGACAAAAAUAGAUUAACACAAAUAUUAUGAUUAUGCAAUAAUUACUAAAAUUCGACCAAUCAAAUUCUUUAGAACCUCACCUUAAUGAUCUAGGAUGAUUUUGGAUGGAUCAAACCUACACAAAUUGCGAUGAUCAAAAGAUACAUCGAAAAUCAACACGAAACUAAGAGCACGGAGAAAAACUUACAAAACUUUCUCUUUAUUGCAUGGAUGGUUCACGAGAUACAAUAAAAACUUAUGAAGAUAUUUUUUUAU